CGAUUUAAGCCAGCACACGAGAUUUAUAAUCGUUUAGUGUGGGACAAGGAACAGUUUGGUGACUUCUUUAUAGGAUAUGAAGAUAGGUUUCUUGGAAUUAUGGAAACAACUCGGGAAGAAUUCGAGGCAGCAGAGAUACCGUUUCAUCGAAUUCGUUAUUUUAAAAUCAUCUCGAACGGACAAAUAAUAUGGGAUAGAGAGCGCCGGUUAGAUCUUAUCACUCGCAAUUACUCAAAUCCAACUUCAGAUUUUAUACAAGAUACAUCACAAAUUACUAUUAAUAUUGAUGCUCCCAAUGUAAAACAAUCAGUAUUUUCUGUAAAAUCUAAAAAGAAUUAUCUUAAAUGGAAGCGACAAAAGCUUAGACAGAAAUUAUCUACUGAGGCUAGAGAACAACUCGAAGAAGACGAACGAAUCGAAGCAGAACAUGAUCAACAAUAUGAAACUAGAAUGCGCGAGGUUGAGGAGCGUAUCAAGCGGUUUCAAGAGUUACAAACCAAUGUAUAG